AUGUUUACCUUUUCAGCCUUCUUAUCACAAAUCGAACCUAAGAACAUCAAAGAAGCAUUAAAAGAUGCUGACUGGAUAAAUGCUAUGCAAGAAGAGCUCCACCAGUUCAAGAGAAAUAAGGUGUGUAACCUGGUUCCUCGACCUUCAGACAGAACAAUGAUUAAAACCAGGUGGGUGUUCAGGGACAAGCUUGAUGAGUUUGAAAAUACUAUACGAAACAAAGAAAGGCUAGUGGUUCAGGGAUAUAAUCAAGAAGAAGGGACUGACCAUGAUGAGACAUUUGUUCAUGUUGCUUGGACAGAAGCCAUCGGAAUUCUCAUAGCUUUUGCAUCUCAUAUGGAAUUCAAUUGUUCCAAAUAG